AUGAUUCCUGGAGACUUGUCUAAUGUUACUGAAGAUGCUGGUGAACCCAGGGAAACGCAAAGCAAGACUAGACCAGAUUCACAAUUCCAGCCGUUAAGCAAAGACCAAUAUUCAGUUGAUAUAGUGGACAUAACACAUUUGAAGACAAAGAAAACAAUUGUUUUAAAGCCUUUCGUAAUAGCUCUUGUAAUACUGUUAGCUCUCCUGGGAAGUUUUGCAAUUGCAAUGACAAUUGUAUAUGUAACAUAUAACGAUGGAAUCUGCAAGACUGCCACAUGCGUAAAAGCAGCAUCCAGAAUUAUUUCCAAUAUGGACAGCAGUGUAGAACCUUGUACAAAUUUUUAUAAGUAUGCAUGUGGAGGGUGGUUUAAGAAGCACGUCAUUCCAGAAGGCUCCGUUCGACAUGGUACAAUUGAUAUUCUUUCUGACCAAAGAGGAAUAAUACUUAAAGGUGCACUAGAAACGGAGAAUGAUAAUGACAUACCUGCAGUAAGAAAAACAAAAAUCUUUUACAAGUCCUGCAUUGAUGAAGGCACAAAGAAUAGUAGAAAAGGACAACCGUUACUUGCCACCUUGCCUGAUAUCUUUGAUUGGCCAGUCGCAGCAGAAAACUGGAAUAUUGAUCAGCCUGACAAUGGACUAUUAUCACCUGAAUUGUAUGAAUGUACUGGAUCCAACAAAAAGAUAUGCUCCGCAUAUGAAGAAUAUAUGGUUUAUUUGGCUACACUUGUCCGCAAGGAGAGGAAUCUCACCAUUAAAGAUGAUCAAAUAAGAGUGGAAAUGAAAAAGGUUUUUGAGCUGGAGAAAGCAAUUGCUAAUGCAUCCGUUCCAAGUGACAUCAGAAAGGACCCCAAUAACAUUUACAUGAAGAUUCCAGUUUCACAAAUUGAAAAUGAUUAUAAUGUAGUUAUAGGUGGCAAGAGGUUAAACUGGCUGUCAUUUAUCAAUGAAGUCAUUUCACCAGGUGGCAUCGCUAUUAAAAAGGAUGAGGAAGUCGUCAUGCUUGCAUCUGAUUAUAUCAAGAAAAUUACCAAUUUUAUAUCCAAAUUUAAUGCCAGAGACAUUCAGAACUACCUUGCAUGGCAGUAUGUGAAGUCUGUUGCAAAUAGCUUAAGUCAGGAAUACAAGACUGCAGCCAAGCCCUUCAAUCAGCUCUUUUACGGUUUAACUACAGACGCUCCAAUUUGGAAAGUUUGCGUUCAAUCACUUCUUGAACAAUUUGAUGAUGUGAUUGGGAGAUUGUAUGUAAAUGAAGUGUUUUCUACAGACAGUAAAGAAAUGGUGAAAGGGAUGAUUUCUGAAAUACGCCAAGUAUUCCUGGAAAUGUUGGAGGAGCAAGAAUGGAUGGAUGAAGAAACAAAAAAGAAAGCAGCUUUAAAGGCAUUUAACAUGGUGGAGAAAAUUGGCUUUCCUGAGGAUGUCUUUGAUGAUGAGAAGCUCAAUGAACUAUAUGCGGGGUUGCAGUUUAAAGAAGAAGAAUACUUUGAAAACAGAUUAAAAUAUAAAGCGUAUGUCCAAAUGAUAAGGUCAAAGAUGCUGAGAGAACCGACAGACCCAGACGAAUGGACAAAUGGUGCUGCAGAGAUCAAUGCAGAAUAUGCUAUGGGUAGUAAUCAAAUAGUCUUUCCCGCAGCCAUUUUGCAGCCUCCUUUUUUUCAUGCUAUGGAGCCCAAGGCAUUGAACUAUGGUGGGAUUGGGACUGUGAUUGGACAUGAAUUCACACAUGGCUUUGAUGACACUGGGAAAGACCGUGAUGAAAAUGGAAAUCUUAUUAACUGGUGGACUGAGGAAUCCCUUAACAAAUUUAAUGAACUCUCAGAUUGCUUUGUAGACCAAUAUGGCAAUUUCUCAUGGAGUUUAGCUGGAGGAAAGUAUCUCAGUGGCACUGGUACGUUAUCAGAAAAUAUUGCUGACAAUGGUGGACUUAGACAAGCUUACAAGGCCUACCAGAAGUACUUAUCAAAGAGUGGGAAUGAACACAUUCUGCCUGGGCUAGACCUGACCAGUAAGCAGCUUUUCUUCCUUGCAUUUAGCCAGAUAUGGUGCUCAGCGUAUACAUCUCAUUAUGCCCACACUUCCAUAACCGAGGAUGAGCACAGCCCGGGAGAAUUCAGAGUCAUUGGAACAUUGCAGAAUUUUCCAGAGUUUUCAGAGGCUUUCUCGUGUGACACCGAUGACUACAUGAACCCUGCACACAAAUGCCGUCUCUGGUAAUGUGGCAACACUUGAACUUGGACUUCUUUUCUUUUACCUCAGAAAAGUUUGUAUCAAUGGCAACAACAAUAUUGCUAGAUGUGACAAAAACAACGUGCUCUUUACUUUGUGGAUGAUUGAAAUUGAGCACAGCCUUCUCUGCUUCCGGUUGCCCAGUUCUCAGCUCGGUCACAACUCUCCUGUACUUCAUAAAAAAAAGGACAACAGGGUUCUGUGGCAAGCUUAAUGUCCUUUGCUCCCCAUGAAUGUCCUGGUACCGCAAUGAAGUAACACAAGAUGAACAGGCUUUCCACAAACACAAAAUCUAUUUAACUGAUCAAUACCGCAUUCUUUUUCUGAUUACACUUUGCCAGUGCCACUUUACCUUGUCUUUUAGUCCUUUUGUUCUAUGGUGUAGCAA